UGAUAAAGAUAAUUAGUGACACACCUCUUUAAAGUUUAAAAAAUCAUACGACAGAGCCAGAAAGCCAUAAAAAAGUCAAAUGAAAAAGACCCAAUAGUAAAUUAAAGAGUUCAAAUAUAAAAGAAACAUAUAUACAAUUGAUAAAAAAUACGAAUAGAAACGUGACACAAAAGAAAAGAUGGAAGCUGACCUCUGCCUUUCCUUCCUCCAUUAUUCAAGCAAUAUAAAUAAGCUUUUCUUUCGGCUCUGUCUUCUUCAAAUCGAAGCAACAAAGCAUAUCUUUUUCCGCAAAUACUCAAAAAACACCUUUUAGCAAAACAUUCCUGAGGGAGAGAAACUGAUCAAGAUGACUAUGUCGGAGAACCAAAGAAAUCUUGAAGCUGGGUUGUUACUGAACAAGAACCGAAACGACAUCAACGAGUGUCGUAUCACUGUGGCUGUACUCUUCAGUACUUUCGUUGCUGUUUGUGGCUCUUUCUGCUUUGGUUGUGCGGCGGGUUAUUCAUCAAUGGCUCAAACUGGGAUCAUAAAUGAUUUAGGCCUCUCUGUUGCACAAUACUCGAUGUUUGGAUCUAGCAUGACUUUCGGAGGGAUGUUUGGUGCCAUAUUCAGUGGGAAAGUGGCAGAUCUCAUCGGUAGAAAAGGGACAAUGUGGUCUGGUCAAGUUUUCUGCAUCGCCGGUUGGCUUGCAAUAGCAUUUGCACAGAACACGAUUUGGCUAGACGCUGGAAGAUUUUCCACAGGAUUUGCAGUUGGCUUAUUCAGCUACGUGAUACCAGUUUAUAUCGCAGAAAUAACACCAAAACAUGUUCGAGGAGCAUUUGUAUUUGCUAAUCAGCUGAUGCAAAGUUGUGGGUGUUCAUUAUUCUAUGUCAUUGGAAACUUUAUUCAUUGGCGUAAUUUAGCCUUGAUCGGUCUGAUUCCAUGUAUUUUGCAAGUUGUGACUUUGUUCUUCAUUCCAGAGUCCCCUAGAUUACUGGGAAAAUGGGGACGUGAAAAAGAAUGUAGAGCUUCAUUGCAGCUUCUCCGUGGUGAUGAUGCUGAUGUUUCUGAAGAAGCCAACACUAUCAAAGAAACCAUGGCGUUGUUUGAUCAAGGACCAAAAUCUAGGAUUAUGGAUUUGUUCCAGAGGAGAUAUGCUCCAUCUCUUGUUAUUGGUGUGGGGCUAAUGCUUCUCCAACAGCUCUCUGGAAGCUCAGGGCUUAUGUUCUAUGUUGGUAGCGUAUUUGAUAAAGGAGGAUUUCCAAAAAGCAUCGGCUCAAUGAUUCUUGCAGUGAUCAUGAUACCAAAAUCUAUACUGGGUGUGAUUUUGGUCGAGAAAAUGGGACGAAGGCCGCUUCUACUGGCAUCUACUACUGGAAUGUGCAUUUUCAGCUUGUUCCUUGCAUUUUCCUUCAGCUUUCGGUCAUAUGGCAUGCUAGAUGAGCUAACUCCUAUCUUCACAUGCAUCGGUGUUGUGGGUUUCCUCUCUUCAUUUGCCAUAGGCAUGGGAGGCUUACCAUGGAUCAUCAUGUCUGAGAUUUUCCCAAUGAAUGUUAAAGUUUCAGCGGGGACUCUUGUGACCUUAGCCAACUGGUCCUUUAGUUGGAUUGUAGCUUUCGCCUACAACUUCAUGAUAGAAUGGAACGCAUCAGGAACGUUCUUGAUCUUCUUUAGUAUAUGCGCUGCGGGUAUAGCUUUUAUUUAUGCGAUGGUACCCGAAACAAAAGGAAGAACACUUGAAGACAUACAAGCUUCUCUUACAGAUUUUGUACAAUGAGUUUCAGAUUCACAUGUUCAUUGAGGUUUAUAGUAGUUUUUGUUAUAGUUGUUUCCUCAUUUUGUACAAUAGAGAGCUUGUUAUAGUUGUUUCCUCAUUUUGUACAAUAGAGAGCAAAGAUCACUCGGGAAAAAACCCAAGAUCUCUAUGUUACUCAGCUACUCCCAUUUAUGUAUAGUAUUAUUCUCUCACUUAUAACAAAAAAAAAUUAAUAAAAUUAUUUCCAGUUACUUUA